AUGGCCUCCUCUUCGAAAAAGAUCACGGUGACGAUCGCCGACGGGUCCGGCAAGGCCUGCCGCAUGCAGAUCAAGGCCGACGCCACCGUCGAGGACCUGGCGGCGCGCUACGGGCGCUUCCGCGCGCGCGCGAGCGAGGCCGACGACGACGCCGAUCCGCCGCGCUUCCGGCUCCACCGCGACGACGGCGAGGCGCUCAAGCCGACGCUGGCGGCGUCGGCCCUCGAGGGCGAGCUCCUUAUGGCCGUCGCCGUCGCCGCGUACGGCGCGCCGGUGCCCGAGCCCGACGACGAGGAGUACGACGACGUCGACCCGCUGGCCGACGACGACGAGGACGCCAUCCUCUGCGAGGAGACGCCCCUGUCGCAGGUCGCGGGCCUGCUCGUCCACAGGGAGGGCGAGCCCGUGCCCGGGUCCACGUGGCACGUCAUCCCGACGCUGCGGUCGCCGCCGCCGGCCGUGACCAACGACGAGUUCUGCUACGCGGAGCUCGUCGACGAGUGCGUGAAGAUGAUCGAGGUCGUGGACCUCGCGAAGUUCUGGGACGACCGCGAGGGCCUCGGCGGCGACAAGGACGGGCCGACCUUCCGGGAGGCGACGAAACAGGUCAGCGUGGCCCGGGCCGUCGCGCUCUGCGUCGACGGCUUCGACGACACGACGCACACGCCGCGCGAGGCCGGGCUCCAGGCGCGCGGCGUGCCCUGGCCCGAGAAGCGCGACGACGCGGGCCACUGGGCCAUGCUCGGCUACGGCCACGCCGCCGCGGCCAUCACCGCGUCCCUGCUCGCCGUGGCCCGCCCCAAGGUCGAGUGGAAGGUCGUCGCGGGCCCCCACUACGCCUGCGUCGUCGGCGAGAAGCCGGGCGUCUACGUCGAGCGGCCGCCGCCGGGCCCCGACGACGAGCUCGUCCUCGACGACGGCACGGAGGCGUGGCUCGUCGACGCCGCGGCGCCGCUCCUCGAGUACCACGCCAAGGGGGCCUUCCGCGACGUCGUGAAGAAGAGCGGCUUCAUGAUCCUGGGGGGCGUGAGGGACGGCGACCACGUCGCCGUGCUCGAGCAGCGGUCCAUCUUCAAGCGGCGGCCCGUGCCCGCCUGGGCGCCCGUCGCGUCGCCGGAGGACAUGCGACAGCUCUGGGCGACCAAGAACAUCGACGACGGCGACAAGCUCGGCGGCAAGAGCCGCCUCGACGCGCUGCCGACGCGGCCGUCGGACGCGCUCGGCGACUCGCUCCGCCUCUUCCCCGGCGAGCGCGCGGCGCGCGAGACGGCCGACAACAAGGCCGACGCCCCGGCCCCGCCCCCGAAGGUCGCCGGCGCCCGGCCCGGCGACUGGCUCGCGCUCAAGACCGAGGGCACGGCCGCGUUCCGGAAGGCGGGAAAAGACCGCGGCGCCGUCGAGGACGCGUACGUCGCCUACUCGGCGGCGCUCGACGCGCUGCGGCGCUGCGACGGCGACGUCGCCGCCGACCCCGGCGACGCCUGCGCCGCGGGCGCCGCGGGCGCCGACGCGGCGCGGUUCGCGGCGGCGACGUGCCUCGGCAACCGGAGCGCGGCGGCGCUCGCGCUCUGCGACUUCGCGCAGGCCGCGGCGGACGCCGAGGGCGCGCUGGCCUGGCUCGGCGCGCUGAGCGACGGCGCGCGCCGGGACCGCCAGGCCCUGCUGACGGAGAAGCGCGCGCGGCUCGCCGCGCGGCGCCAGCGCGCGACGGCGUCGCUCGCGCGCAGGGCGCCGCGCGACUGGCCCUUCGCGAGCGUCGUCAUGCCGACGACGCCGGACCGGCUCCACUUCGCCGAGCGGGGCGCGGCGCGCGCGCUGCGCUGCUUCCUCGCGCUGGACUACCCGGGCCAGCUCGAGCUCGUCGUGCUCGACGACGAGUCCGAGGACGAGAGGAGCCUCGAGUUCUGGAAGGUCGCGAGCGGCCGCGACCGGCGCGUGCGCUACGCGUGCUGCCCCGCGCGGAGCUCGCUCGGGCACAAGCGGAACGUCGGCGCGCGCGAGGCGCUGGGGUCCGUGCUCCUCCACUUCGACGACGACGACGUCUACGGCCCGGGCUACGCGCGGACGCUCGUCGCGCCCGUCGCCUUCGGGGGCUACCAGGUCGCCAAGCUGUCCGCGUGGCUCGUCUGGGACGCGCACAGCGGCUCCGCGGGCUACGUGGAUUUGGACGAGCGGGCGUUGACGGACGCGCGGGCGUGCCCCGCCAUGCUCGCGCCGCUGCUCCGCAAGGGCCGCGACUCCUACGGCUUCAACUUCUGCUACGCGGCGAGCCUCGCGCGGAAGCUGCCGUUCCCGGAGAUCGGCUUCGGCGAGGACGCGGCCUUUAUCGCGAACGCGCUGCGGGCGAAGCACCGCGUCGCCUACGUGCGCGACGGCGCCGCAUCCGUGCUCCACGUGCAGCACGGCGAGAACGCGUCGCGGUCCAUCGCGCUGUCCUCGUGCGGCGAGCCGUUCCUCCGGGCGUCGCCGCUCUGGCCGUCGCUCGGCGCGGCGGACCUCGCGGCGACGGGCGGCGCGGCGCGCGCCGACGGCAAGGCGGGGCACGAGAACCGGGGGCUCUUCGUCUUCGACACGGAGCGCCUCGCCGCGCGCGGCGACGACGACGGCGCGAUGGUGUCGCUCCUGAGCUGGGUCCAGUCCGACGCGGGCUUCGCGCCGAACCGCAAGGAGAAGCUCGGGCUGGCGUAA